UAUACUGUUAUUCAAAUACGAUGACCAAGCCCAAUGUUGGAGAGGCCCAGGUCAGAUGAUCAAAAACCCAACCGAACAGACGAGCUAGCAGCGAUUAAAUCGCCGAUUGCGAGCUCAAAUUUCUGGCGUUCCAGAGGCAUUAAGAAUACAGACAGAAGAUUGUAUCAAACUAUCAGAAAUCAACUGAUCUUGGUUGUCGUAUCAUAAAGCUCAUGGAAGCCCAAAGCCAACUGGAGACAUCAUCAACCAAGCCAGAAGAGUUGGAUAUGCCUAAAGCAGACCGUUCAUCUCAUGUAGAUGGGGUAAAGAAGCUUCUGUUCCGUCGAAUGCUUGUCGGGGUAAAUGAUGGGAGGUUUUUUAUGGGCAACUUUUACUGCCUUGAUAAGCAAGGGAAUAUUAUUUUGCAAGAUGCAGUGGAAUAUCGUAGUAUGCGUCGUAAUUCUCCAACUCCAUUGGAGCAGCGUUGCCUAGGCCUCAUUCUCAUACCUUCCUCUUGCAGAACAUCUUGUCACGUGGACUCAUCCAUCGAGGAACAACUGGCACUAUUAUCACUCCAGGGACAGAAAUAAUCUCAAUUCGCCACAGAUAAUUUAUUUGUUAUGAAACUGUGAGAUCUGAAAGUUUCUGCACCCCAAAAAAAAUACUCCCUUUUCUCUGUUAUUAAGUGGAUGUAAAUUUUAAGAUCUAAAAGUAAUGUUUUGUGCUUAAAUUGAUGUGAACAAUCAUUUAAGCAUUGUGCCUGUUAGGAUUUUCAAGUUGUUUUCAUUUGCCAGGUUAAAAUCAGCAAUGUCUCAUUAGUUGCAUGGGACUACUAUUAACUGUUAUGUUGUUUAUUUAAAUGCAAUAUAAGUUGCCGUUGCCCUUGGGGCAGCUAUUAAGAUCC